AAAGGUUCUUUCAACUAUUUAGAAAAAAAAAAAAAACUAAAUGAAUUUAUUGAAAGGCGUGAUCCCUUGGGACUUGGGAGGACCUCAAUUCUUGCUUUUCUAGCCUUGUUUCUUGCUGGCUAUCAUCUUUUCGUUUCUUUUAGGAUGAACUCAAUGCUUACUGGUUGUUACUUCUUAGCUAUCUUCUCAUAUUACUUUUGUUUUUGACCAUGGUUCUUUUUCUUAGCUAUCUUCACAUAAUUGAUAAUUUAUGCUUGUUGUACUUUAGUGCUGAAUCCUAGCUAGAAUCAAUUAUAAUGUCGGAUUUGCAUGUCUCUUUCAGCUGUCAUAUAGUUUGGAAGCUGCUGCCAUGCAAGCUGUUCCUGCUUCCUAACUGUAUUUCAUUCCUUAAUAAUUAAAAUCCUUAGUUCUACGGAAAAAGAUUAAGAAUACCCUUCAUAUCUUUGGAGAAAAUUUUAAACUAUCUAUUUAAUUUUUGAACGAAAGGUUAGCUAAAAGCAAGAUGAAGAUGGUAAAGAAUUAGGUGUUUUUGUUGGCCUUUUAUUCCUACUUCCAAACAUUUCCCAUGGAAAUCACUUUUUCUUUCAUAGUCAUAGUCUUAUGAGUAUCAACACUGUUCUAUCUUCCCAUCAAAUACUGAUCUGAACUCAGGGAACUAAAUUUCUUUCAUUCUUUAUCUUCAUAAGUAGGCAUCAUCAGUUGACUGAUGUAGUCUUAAGCGUAUCAUGAUCACACUAAUAUCCUUGGCAACUUGAUGCCUGCUGAAGAUCAUGCAUAUACUCUUCCCUGGUCCGUCAAUUAGUGUGUAUUUUAUUAACAGUUGGAAUGAGACAAACUGACGUUUAAGGUUUCACCCACAGCUGCUGUUUUCACUUCUUCAACCCUCAUUUCUGGUUAAAUCAGUGCACUCUACCCGUUUCCUGAUACAACCCUAAUUUGAUCCAAAUGACCCACUUGUAAAUUCUUUUUUUUUUAAAUAAAUAAAUUCAAUUCUAAUCACUUCACUCAAUCUCAAUAUCUUGAACGAGAAUGACAGACAUGGAUCAUUCCAAAAAAGUGGCCGAUAGAUAUCUAAAGCGUGAAGUCCUUGGUGAAGGUACUUAUGGAGUUGUGUACAAAGCCAUUGAUACCCACACAGGGCAGACCGUUGCAAUUAAGAAAAUUCGGCUUGGCAAACGGAAAGAAGGGGUAAAUUUUACAGCUCUUAGAGAAAUUAAGCUGCUAAAAGAGCUCAAAGAUCCAAACAUUGUUGAAUUGAUUGAUGCAUUCCCACAUAAAGGGAAUUUGCAUCUUGUGUUUGAAUUCAUGGAGACGGACCUUGAAGCUGUCAUACGAGACCGAAAUAUUUUUCUUUCACCAGGUGAUACAAAAUCCUACCUUCAAAUGACACUAAAAGGUCUUGCUUAUUGCCACAAGAAAUGGGUUUUGCAUAGGGACAUGAAGCCAAAUAAUUUAUUGAUAGGAUCUAAUGGACAGCUGAAACUUGCAGAUUUUGGUUUAGCACGGAUGUUUGGAAGCCCAGAUAGAAGGUUCACUCACCAGGUUUUCGCUCGGUGGUAUAGAGCUCCUGAGUUAUUAUUUGGUGCCAAGCAAUAUGGUCCUGGAGUUGAUGUUUGGGCUGCAGGUUGUAUAUUUGCUGAACUUCUUCUUCGUCGACCUUUUUUGCAGGGUACAAGUGACAUUGAUCAAUUAGGAAAGAUUUUUUCUGCAUUUGGCAUUCCAACAGCUCCUCAGUGGCCUGAUAUGGUAUACCUGCCUGAUUAUGUGGAAUACCAAUAUGUUCCUGCCCCCCCUCUGCAUUCCUUAUUUCCGAUGGCAACUGAUGAUGCUCUAGAUCUGUUGUCAAAGAUGUUUACAUAUGAUCCAAAAACUAGAAUUUCAGUGCAGCAGGCACUAGAGCAUAGGUACUUUUCUUCUGCUCCUCUGCCUUCAGAUCCAGACAAGCUCCCUAGACCUGCUCCCAAGAGGGAUUCUAGGGUUUCUGAUUUCAAUUCACAGGAGGGUCCUACUAUAUUAUCACCUCCAAGGAAAUCUAGGAGAGUGAUGCCAGGACGUGAUGGGUUUGAAGGAAAUUCUCUGCAAGCAGAUAAGGUUGAUGCCAGUUUUGGUGAUUUCAGACAGACAACUGAUGAUAAUACUGGCAAGAAUGAAUCAGCUCCAAUGUCUGUAGAUUUUUCUAUCUUUGGAUUAAAACCUCCAAAUAGACCUACAAUUAACAGUGCUGACAGAUCAUAUUUGAAAAGAAAAUUAGAUCUAGAAUUUCAAUAGCCAGAAUGAAUAUUCUGUGGCCGACACAUUCACACACAAACUUAUGGAGGGUAAAAUACAUUUGAAGAAAAGUGGUGAAUCCUCGAAGGCUUGUUAGUAUGUCAUUCUUUAUCCCUGUUUCUCCGUGUGAAGCUACAACAAAUAUGUAACUGAAGAAGUCACUGAAGAUUAGUUGUAGUUCAGAUACCUAAAAGUAACUUCUAUAGAAAGAAAAAAAAAGUUAUAUCACACAAUCACUCUGCUCCCCCUUGUACAUUUUUGUUCUUUACGUUUUCAGAGACCAGUAUACUUGAGUUCAUGGAAAACAUGGUGUGAGGGCAUUUUCUCGAGCAGUUGCUGUAUAUGGCGCUUGAAAAAAAAUAAACUUUGGGGGAACUUAAUUUGAAUACAAAUUUGUUAUUGAACACAAGAAAUUUUUAUAUGCAUGUGGAGUGUGUAUUGUAUGUACUUUAUUGGGUGCCUCAGAUAAGUGAAUUGGAUUUUAAUUGGUUGAAUGAUUUUUUUUUCUUUU